CCAUAGUUCAGCAGUCAUUCAAAAUCAAAACAAUUGGUUAACCUCAAAUAUUACGUGAAGCAAUUUAAACUUUAAAAAAUAAUAUUGUUCUACGAUUGGCUGUAAAAUGGAAUUUGAACCUAACUUAGAUAGUAAAAUUCAGAAGACAUCUAAACUAUCACAGUUUGGCAAAGCUUUGAUUUAUACUACAGGUGGUUUAGCAGUUGGUGUGAGCAUUAUAUGUAUACCAUUUGUAUCACCUGCUUUUAGAAAAGUUUGUCUACCCUAUGUACCAGCUACUACUGAUCAGUUGGCAGGAGUUACUGCGGCACUGAAGGGUCGAAGUGGAAGACUGUUAGACAUUGGGUCUGGAGAUGGCAGAAUAGUAUUUACAGCAGCUAAACUUGGUUUUAAAGCCGACGGAGUAGAACUUAACCCAGUUUUAGUCUAUUUCUCUAGAGUUUCAGCACUUAUCAAUCGUCAACAUCGCGAAACCAAGUUCUACAGACAAAAUCUAUGGAAAUUCAAUUUGACUCCUUAUAAUAAUAUAGUAAUAUUUGGUGUAGAACAAAUGAUGAAAGAUUUUGAAAAAAAAAUAUUACUUGAAGUUAAAGAUGGUACAGUGGUGGUAGCUUGUAGAUUUCCAUUACCUAAUAUGAUACCAAUUGAAACUAUAGGACAUGGUGUUGAUACUAUUUGGAAAUAUGUUGUAAAAAGAUAAUACUGAUUGAACAUUAUUCAUAUAUGUUUAUAUCUUGUAUGUACUUAAAAUAUGUUUCAUAAUUUAUUAA